AUGUGGCUCUUUGCCUGCCUGUGCCUUGUGCUUAGCUUCCUGGGAGGAGUGAACUGUACCUGCCCUUCUCAGUGCUCCUGUGAGUAUCAUGGCAGACACGAAGGCUCAGGAUCAAGGUCGGUGUUGUGUAACGACCUGGAUAUGAAUGAAGUCCCAACAAACUUCCCCGUGGACACCGCGAAGCUCCGUAUAGAGAAGACCGUGGUCCGCAGGAUCCCCGCCGAGGCUUUCUACUACCUGGUGGAGCUGCAGUACCUCUGGCUGACUUACAACUCGGUGGCCAGCAUAGAGACCAGGAGCUUCUACAACCUAAAGCAGCUGCACGAGUUGCGUUUGGAUGGGAAUUCUCUGACCGCGUUCCCGUGGGUGUCUCUGCUGGACAUGCCCCACCUGAGGACGCUGGACUUGCACAAUAACAGAAUAACCAGUGUGCCAAACGAGGCGGUCAGAUAUCUCAGGAACCUUACCUGCUUGGAUUUGUCAAGCAACAGACUAACCACACUGCCACCCGAUUUCCUGGACAGCUGGUCUCAUUUAGCAAUGACACCUUCUAGAAGGCCGGACCUUCCACCGAAAAGAAUUAUUCUUGGUUUACAGGACAACCCUUGGUUCUGUGACUGUCACAUUUCCAAAGUGAUCGAGCUGUCUAAAGUCGCCGACCAUGCCGCUGUGCUUCUUGAUCCCCUGAUGGUCUGCAGCGAGCCGGAGUACCUCCAAGGAAUCGCGUUUCAGAGGGUGGAGUUGGAAAAGUGUCUGAAGCCGUCUGUGAUGAUGUCGGCCACCAAAAUCACAUCUGCUCUGGGGAGUAACGUUCUGCUGAGGUGUGACGCCAAAGGCUACCCCACCCCACAGCUGAUGUGGACCCGAUCCGACAGCUCGCCAGUUAACGCUACAGUAAUUCAGGAGUCUCCAGGAGAAGGAGUCAGAUGGUCCAUCUUAAGCUUGACUGGUAUCAUGUACAGGGACGCUGGGGAUUACAGCUGUAAAGCCAAAAACCUGGCAGGGACGUCAGAGGCUGUGGUUACUGUGACAGUUGUCGGUGUUGCUACGACCACCCUAUCACCAGAUACUUCAGAAAGAAGCCCUGGAGAGCACCCUGAACAGAACCAUCCCCAGCCUGGAUUAGGAAGAUCAACCCCUCCGUCUAAGUCGCCAGGACUCUCUUACACUUCUUCCCACCCCACUUCCUCAGCCGCCGCUCUCUCUACAUCUACACUGUCUCCUCCUCCCUCCUCUUUGCCUCCCAUCUUCUCAGCUGCUUCUGCAACCACCAGUGUAAAAACCAGCAUCUCAGGAAGCACCGUCAGGACGAGCCACCAGCCACCCCUGCUCCACCCCGGUGGGAAAAGCAACGCAAAGAUAGAGAACAACGGAAGGAAGUUUCCUCCACUCAGCGCAAGUAAGAAAGAAGAGUUGGCGUUGAUGGAUCAGGCAGCGCCAAUGGAAACAAACGUCACUAUCAAAGACCUCAGGGUGGCCCGCGAAACCGGCGCGAGUGUGACUCUGACCUGGAACAGCAGCAGCAGCGGCAGCAUACAGGAGUCUGCUGUGACUGUGCUGUAUUCUAAGUCUGGUGAGAAGGACCUGCUGCUAGUAGAUGCAGACUACGGCAAGAACCAGGCGACCAUAAAUGGCCUGGAGCCCGGCAGUCAGUAUGUGGCAUGUGUCUGUCCAAAAGGAGUGGGGCCCCGAGAGGAUCAGUGUAUCACCUUCUCUACCAACAGAGUGGAAGGGCAGGACUCACAGUGGUCAUUGCUCAUCGUGGUGACCAGCACUGCCUGUGUUAUAGUCGUGCCCCUAAUUUGUUUUUUAUUGUAUAAAGUCUGCAAACUGCAGUGCACGUCAGACCCUUUCUGGGAAGAGGAUUUGUCAAAAGAGACGUAUAUCCAAUUUGAGACGCUGUCACCCAGGUCACAGAGUAUUGGGGAGCUCUGGACACGGAGGCACAAAGAUGAUGGGGAAAAAUUGCUGCUAUGCUCCAGGUCCAGUGUGGACUCUCAGAUGAAUCCUAAAAGCGAUGGCCGUAGAGCCGGGUUUUACUGCUGA